UUGAUUAAAUACGUCUAAGGAAUACAGGCAACAUGUUCUACACACAUAUGCUUAUGAGCAAACGAGGGCCACUGGCCAAAAUAUGGCUUGCUGCUCAUUGGGAGAAGAAACUCAAAAAGGCCCAUGUAUUUGAAUGUAAUCUAGAGAUAACCAUUGAAAAAAUUAUUUCACCUAAGGUGAAAAUUGCACUUCGAACUUCAGGACACCUUCUUCUGGGAGUUGUUCGAAUCUAUAAUAGGAAGGCAAAAUAUCUUUUGGCAGAUUGCAGUGAAGCAUUUCUUAAAAUGAAGAUGACAUUUCGCCCAGGACUGGUUGACCUUCCAAAAGAGAAUUUUGAAGCAUCUUACAGUGCUAUCACAUUGCCAGAAGAAUUUCAUGAUUUUGACAACCAGAAUAUGAAUGCUGUUGAUGUUUCAGAACACUGUACUCUGAACCAAAGCAGACCAGAAGAAAUCACACUUAGAGAAGAUUAUGACAAUGAUUUACCUUUUCAAGAUGGGAGCUUUGGGGAGGAACCUGAAAUUCUCAGAAGACAUAGCUUCUUUGAUGACAACAUAUUACUGAAUUCCAGUGGCCCUUUAGUUGAACAUAGUUCUGGAAGCCUCACCGGAGAAAAAUCUUUGUUCUGUGAUAGCAGAGAUGGAUUUGGAGAUGAAGGACCUGCAGGAGAAAUGAUUGACAACCUAUUGCAUAAUGAUCAGAAUAUCCUGUUAGAAGACACAGAUUUGAACAGAGAAAUUUCUCUGCCUCCUGAGCCUCCCAGUACUAUAGUGGAACCAGAUAAUCAAGAGUGUUUAUGUCUACCUGAAAAUGAAAAAAUGAAUGAAACAACAUUAUUAUCAAAUGAAGAGGAAAGAUUUAUCCUUGAUACAAUUGAUGCUUCAGACAUUACUGAGAAAAGAAAAGGCAAAAAGAGGAAAUUGCUCAUAGAUCCAGUCAAGGAGAUCAGUAGCAAAACUAUGCAUAAACAGCUCACUUCCUUUAUGGACACACUCAUGGUUUUAGAACUCGCGCCUCCUACCCAAAAAUUGAUGAUGUGGAAAAAGAAGGGAGGAGUGGAUACACUUUUGUCAACGGCUGCCCAGGAUUUGAUUCACACUGAACUGAAAAUGUUGUUUACCAAAUGCUUUCUGUCUUCUGGCUUUAAACUUGGAAGAAAAUUGAUAGAGAAGGAGUCAGUAAGAGAAGAGGGAGGCCAAAACACAGUAGAGACCUCUAUGAUGGAAAAGCAAAAUGUCCAAAAAGAGUUAAGUCAACCCCAAAUUUGGAAGGAUGUGAUUGAUGGAUCUAAGGGCAGCUUUCAUGAGGAUACCAAUAAAAAUGUUAACUCUGAGGAUUUUGUUGAAAGUGUGUCUUCAGCUGCUGACGAAUCAUCUUUAAAGAAUGCCUUCUGGGCACAAGAAAUUGAAUAUUGUCCAGUUGGAUUGGAAUCAUCGGAGAAUGAACAAAAUAUUGAGGCAGAGAGAUGGAAUCAAAGAAUACUUCAGAUGCUAAAUAGUUUACGGGAAUCCAACAAGAUGGGAGUGCAAUCCUUUAGUCUGAUGAAGCUCUGUAGAAACAGUGACCGAAAACAGACAGCUGCCAAAUUUUAUAGCUUUCUUGUCCUAAAAAAACAGCAGGCGAUUGAGCUGAGCCAGAAUGCUCCCUAUGCAGAUAUUAUAGCUUCGAUGGGCCCAAUGUUUCAUAAAAUGUGA